CGCGUUUCUCCAACUCUUUCUCCCCCCAAAUCCUCUCGCACAGCAGUACAAUAGAAAGGACGAGACGAUUUACAAGUCAUGGUGGACCUUUUAAAAGCAUUUCAAAGCAAAUCCAUCCCAGGAGCAUGCGACUAUCUUCAAGAUUACUGUGAUGUAUACAUUAAUACGACUGUAAUGUCAAUGGAGCAUGCGCGAUCGCUUCAUUCUGCUUUGCCAGGCAUUCUUACAGUUGUGUUUGGAUCACCUACAAGCAGAGGAUGGAUUCAUAUAGAAAAUCAACCAGAGCACGACGCAGCAAUACGACGCGCGUUUCGCCGUGAUGGUCCAUUUUUGAAAGCUCUGAUGUUUCUAGCCAAGUAUCCCAACUAUUCAUACGAUAUGGCACCGGAAGCGUUUUCGGAGGACGUCCGCAAGGCGUUGGCUGCCGGUGCGACCCAGUAUUUACCACGACUCUAUACGAACUGUGUCCAUUUCGAGAAACGUUCCCGCACAGGCACAUCAGAUAUCCGAGAAUCGGCCAUACGGCAGUCGACAAUAUUUCCACGACCGUUGUCUGGUGAAUACCGCGUCAAAUUCAACAUUGUCCAAUUUUUCCUCCAUCACGUGGUAAAGGUGGCUACGCAUAAUACACCAACGAUACCUGUAACAGCUGCGCCACCGUCUGCAUUUGCCUCAAGAAUGUCGUCUACUAUGUCAACUAUGAGUAACGUCGCUACCUCUUCUUCAGUAUCUGCUUCCACGAAUUCUUCUUCUUUGGGCGGGUCGCGGAUAGCUGGACCUAAUAGCAGCGCCACCUCGUUAUCAAAUCAACAAUUACAUCAACAACAGCAGUACAACCAGCAGCCACGACCACGGUCAAUCAUUGGAAGUGUAUACGAACAGCUAAUGAAAGAGUACAUGCGGCAUUUUAUACCAUGCGGACAACCCACAGACUUUCAUCCAGCCGUCGGAACGUUCUUCCUAGAUGAGUGCAUUGAAACCUGGAUCCGCAACACUUGGGUUGCUCCGAUGCAAAAACUCGGACCUGGAAGAAUGCACUUUAUUGCACUGUUUGUAAGGUACAUCGUUUCUGGUGACUUACGACGAUGCUACAGCGACAAUGCCACGUGGAACAGUUAUCGGAUGGUAUACAACUCAGUCAAGGACCAUCUGUACGCAAUGAUUUCGCGCCUUGCAUUUAACUGGGCCAGAGACGAUGACUAUCUCCAAGUUAUAUCACUUUGGUCUCUGUGGACAAUGCCAUGGAUGUUGGGCGCAAGACCUAAUGGCACCGAGAACCAAACAUUUCGACCCAUUGCGGACAGCUGGGCUCAAUUCAUUAUGGAAAACGUUCUAUUCUAUAUCCCUCUCACUAUUAUGUUCUUGCAACGAAUACGAACGUUUACUUAUCCCGACAUACCUCUUCCUCCUGCUCCAACCACGACCGCACCGUUUCCUCACUUUCAUACGCAAACUCUUUCUAUGAGCACGACAGCAAGAGCCACAGCAACAAUGCCAGCAACGCCCAAGCCCUCUAAUCAAAUACGAAUUACGUGCACGCUUAUCAAUGUUUUCAAAGCGGAAGGUCUUGUUGACUUUCUGUCCCAUGUUGAACAAGCGCUAGUACGGCUACAGGAAGAGACCACACCGACGACAACAGCAUCAGCAGUGCAUGUCAAUCGUCAAGCAAUCGAUGUGCUCGCAGCUAGAUACUUUGGAGACCAAAAAAAUCAUGUUCAAGCUAUUCUGAAAAAGACGUACGAUGACCUGAUUCAGCUGAACGGUGGCACGUGGACCUGCACCAAUCUGUUUAUUAAAGAAGCGAGUCCUCGAUCGAAGCCCUUGGUUGAGUCACUGGAUGCUUUAGACCAAGCUAGUAUUCCUCAGCCUGAUGGUGCAUCACGGUGGGGUGGUCCUCCUUCGAUGCCUGCAAAGUCAGCCCAAUACUUGAAAGAACUACAACAGGCCUCUAAAUCAUUCGCAAUUGUAUUCGUGCGGAUUCCCUUGGGGAUGUGGGACUCUUUUUCCUUCUUUGUAUGUGUAUGCUGUUCAUCUAGCUCCCGAAACCGGUCCACAAAAAAGCAACAAGCACAUCAAGAUCUAUCUUCUCUACGCUACAAAGCACAUCCGCUCGGUCUAUACCUUCAGCUCCUCCUAAAAAAGAAAAAGCACCUCUUGCUGGGCUUCACGACGGUGGUUUUUUGACUGAAGAUGAAAAGGCGAUGGUGAGACAAGGACAGAUGCGGUGCAGCCAUGAAAAUAUACCGGUGGUGGGUCCUCGUGCCGAAGAAGUUGUAACGUCCUACGAACUCAUGUUUAUGGUGCGCUGGAUCAUACCAUUCGACCGCUGGAUGAACAGACACUAUCAACGCUUACAUCCAGGAAGGGUACCCUUUCUGCCAAAGAAACUCACAGUUCGGCCGCUUGCAGACUAUGUCAAUCUUGGCUAUUUUAUUAUAUUUUUUUGGAUCCUU